GCGACCGCGUCCGCUCGGCCACCUGAGCGCCAGCCGCGAGCUGCGUCCAGCCCGCCUCGCUUGCUCGCCUCGCUCGCUCGCCUCGCUCGCCCGCUCACGGCCCGGGGCGGCGCGGACAUGGGCGCCAAGCAGAGCGGCCCCGCCGCCAACGGCCGCACCCGCGCCUACUCGGGCUCGGACCUGCCCUCCGGCAGCGGCGGCGGCGGCGGCGGCGGCGGCGGGGCGGACGGCGCUCGGGCAGCCCGGUUCGCGGCCCCGGUGCCCGGCGCGCAGCAGCCCAACGCCUCGGCCGGUGCGGCGGCGGCGGCUGCUGCUGCGGCGGCGGCGGCCUCGGUCCCGACAGCGCCCCGCAGCCGCUCGCUCGGAGGGGCGGUGGGUAGCACGGCGGGCGGCCGAGCGGCGCAGUCGGCCUUCAGCAUCCCUGGUGGCGGCGGCGGCGGCGGCGGCGGCAGCGGCGGCAGUGGCCCGUACGGCUCGCAGGACUCGGUGCACAGCAGCCCGGAGGACGGCGGCGGAGCUAGGGAUCGGGACCGGCCAGCGGGCGGGGGCCCUGGCGGGCCGCGCCUGGUGAUCGGUUCGCUCCCGGCCCACCUUUCCCCGCACUUGUUUGGAGGAUUUAAGUGCCCGGUAUGCUCAAAAUUUGUACCUUCAGAUGAAAUGGAUUUGCAUCUUGUGAUGUGUUUAACAAAGCCAAGAAUAACCUAUAAUGAGGAUGUGCUGAGUAAAGAUGCUGGGGAAUGUGCAAUAUGCCUUGAAGAAUUGCAGCAGGGAGAUACCAUAGCACGACUGCCUUGCCUGUGUAUAUAUCAUAAAGGCUGCAUAGAUGAAUGGUUUGAAGUAAAUAGAUCUUGUCCAGAGCACCCUUCAGAUUAAGCAUCAGAUUCCUGUGUUAUGGGUUUUCUUGUCUUUUCAAGAUGCUUGAGAAAUCUAGAAGAUUUGAAGAUCUGUCUCUGGAAAAAAAAAAAUGAAAACUGCAGGCUUACUCAGCCAGGAACUGAGUUCUGUGACACUCGGUAAUCCAGAGAUGGACAGGAACCACAGAACUCAGUGUACCAAACUUGCAUAUAAGGGACACACAGGGAUUUUGAAAAUGCUGCACAUCCUGUACUAGUCACUGCAUAGAUGAUACUGAUAAACAUUUUGUAUUCAGACGCCAAAGUUAACUAAUUUCAAAGUUGAUUUACUUUUUAUUAAGUUCUGUAGAGCUGCUGUUUUAUUGUAUUUGUUUUAUUUGUUUGUUUGUUUUUAGUUUGGGGACUUUUUAUUUUCUCCAACAUAAUGCUUCUACAUUCACCUAUUCUUAACUUGAAAACCACCCAAUUUAGUUCUUACAAACUCCUCAAUGUGAAACCAAGAAAUGUAAUCAAAACCGAAUAAUAUUCUAUGAAUGGAGAGUAUAAUCUUAAGUUCUUCCAUUUUUUUCCCCCAUGUGUGAAAAAUAGAUUUCUGGGUAGGAGAGCUAAAAUAUGUUAGUAGUUUGAAUUAAAGGUUUAAUAUUAUAAAAAUGCCAUCCAAAGAGUAAAUCAAGUUACAUAAUUACAUUUUAGUUAAUUAAAUGUAGAAGUGUCUACUGAAUUGCAGUUUCUGAAAUACAUUGUUUCUUUUGAAAUAAAACUGCGCAAUAGCUUGUUAGCAGUGACCAUCUUGCAGCUAUGCAACUUUGAAAAGUCCAGACUUGCAGGUCUUCUUCGUGCUGGGGCCGCAGUGACUGUCCUGACAGGGAUCUUUUCUUCCUUUCAUGUAACUAUGUCAUUGUGCUUUGCAUUUCCAGGCAGGUUUCCCAUGUUUGGUGAAAUGUUUAGCGAGCUGUAAACUUAAUACCUUAUGAAAAGGGUGAAAUAAACGCGUCUGCAGUGGGACUUGUAGUAAUUUGAGGGACAUUUUAUAUACUUUUAAAAAUCAGAAUUUAAUUGGGAUGCCAGAUUUCUAGCAACUUGCAUCUUUAGUUUUCCAGAUAAUCUGGAAGUUAGCAUUUGAUAAAUGAUUUUUAAGCAAAUAUAAAGAUUUUGUUAAUUUAUAAUUUAUUAAUGUGUUGUUACUGUAAUUGAAAAUGUUGUGGAUACUUUUAAAUUCAGUCUUUGUAGAAAGAACUGUAUUAAGCAAAAUUAUGUGAAUAAAUAUUCCCCCAAAAUACAUCUGAUGGUUAAGAAUACUGAAAGUUUAGCUAUGAGGACUGCAACAGUGUAUGUCUUUUUUAAAUACUAUCAGAAUAUCACUAAGUAGGUUUCACGUUUGGGUUCCUCAGGAGAAUGUCGUUUCCCUGGUCUGGUCCAGGCUGCACAAUCCUGCUUCCGGCUGAGCUGUCGGGGUGUUGAAGUAUGUGCUUCUCCGAUGCUGCUGCUCUCCCCUCACUUGGUCCCAGCCCCAUUGCUUCUGCUUCCUCUUUUUCAAAAGGGCAAAGGGCAGGAGGCAGAGGGGGGGGGGGGGGAUUUGUCCAGAUCAUGCAAUGAACUUGCAUUGUUUUCCUGUGGUUGUAGGCUAGAUACUACUUUCCUGCAGUUACACUGUGGUCUACCUGUUGGGGACAGUGGUCAGACACCAGAACCUCAGUGGGAGGGACAGCUGCCAGCACAGCUCUGUAGCUGCUUUUUUUUUCUGUCCAGGUGUAGGAAGUUACUUUUCCCUCAAGUGAAAUUUUCUUACCUUAAUUUUGUUGUUGUUGUUGUUGUUAUAUGAAAUCUCAACCUAUUUUAUCUUUCAGUUUGUACACUUUCCUCUCUCCUCUGAUUUUCCCCAAGGAAGAGCUCUUAGAAUGUGAAUAAUCACUUUGCUUUCUACUACUGGUGUAUUGUCGUGGUAAGAAUUACUUCCGCUGGCUUCUCUCUUGGAGAGCAGCUAUGGUAAUGAAUGUUUAUAUUCCCCUGGAAGGUGACCUGCUUUGUGCCAAGCUCAACUUCUUGGACGUCUCAGCCUAAGUUCGCCUUCCUUCACAUGUCCUCCAGCACUCUUGAUGGCUUCUCUGCCGUGGCUGCUGCCUCCAAGCUCCUGCGGUGUUAGAGGCCAGUACUGCUGUGUCCAGGACACCGGCAGGCUGUGCCUGUCUGGACAGUAUUUACUGAACUCCAUUAAAACAACUUUUUUUUCCCCCUCAGAUUUUAUAAAGUUGGCAUUUUUACUUUAAAUUCUGUCUGUAAUGAUUUCCUAUAAAGAAUAAUUUAGAAAUAGAAGAAAGCAGAUGUUUCAGUUUCUGUUCAAAGUUACUAUUCUGGGAAUGUUCUAUAACUGAUACUUUAUAACACUGUUUAUAAUAUUUAUCAGUCUGUAUGCAGACACUGAGUAGCAUCAAUCAUAAAAUUAUAUUAUCUAUUUGAAUAUUCAGCUGAAACUACUGACAGUAACUACUAUAGAGACAGAAUCACAGUGGGAUCCUCACUUAUCCAGCCAGUCAUCACCCUCUAGAAUCUUCGUAAAUGCUCUUCAGAUAAGGUCACGCGUAUGCUGAGAAGGAGGUACAUGCUUGAAUUUCUCUAAUGCUGCUCUGUCCAUAGGGAACUUUCUGCCAAUUUUUAUUCUACUUUAAUCUGGCUGUUUAUUUCCUCUUUACUAGGAUAUUUAAGAGAAGCACUAUUCUCUUUAGAAAACCAAUUCUCUUUCUUUGACUCCUUUCUAGAGAAAUAGACAUAAUGAUUUUUCAAACCUAGUUAUAAGCCAGACUGUAAGAUUGUUUUAAGAAGAAUGUCUGUGACUAAAAUAAGCAGUGGUCUCUUACUGACUUGGUGUGUGUGACAACAGAAACCACAGUGGUCAACUCACGUUGACUGUGGGAGUGUAUAGGCCUGGGCUUUCCAGUGCAAGUCUUCUGCAUUCUUAAAUGUUACAUAGUUACUCUGGUUUUCACCCAUGUAGACACUAGGAUGUAGCCCAGAAUAACCAAGGAUGAUCCUCAGCAUAGCUGCAGUACAUACAGUGAAGCUGUUUCCACCCUCAUGAGUUGUCCGAGAUGGCAAGCCUUUCCAGACCUUAUCUCAGACUGGGUUCUAAGUCUGGGUACGGUGAGGUUUCAGAGCACUCAUUGCCCACACUCCUCAGGAAACUGAGGUAGGAGGAUUGCCACAAGGUCCAGGCUGGCCUGGGUUGUUCUAGGCUAGCCUGUCUCAAAAAAAACAAACAAAAGCAAUCAUUUUAGUAUGUUACAGUAAGACAUAUGUAUAUUCCUCUCAGUGAGAAGGAUCAUGAAUUCAGUGUAAAUAGGACCUACUUUUCUGUACUGACUUGAGUGAGGUGAGGGGAUUUCCCCAACAGUAAGCUAAUGGUGAGCAAAGCAUGUAACUCAAAAUUCAAGAGUAGUUGUGCUUGUGGUCUGACUUAUAGCUGCACUUUAUAUUGACCAUAUGACCCAGAUAGCCUUAUGCUUCACAAAGGAGGUUUCCAUCUAAACCAACUCAGAUCGUCCAGAGCAUACAAAGUGACUUAGAGGCAAAUGAUGCUGUUGUCAUCAAUGACCUUUGCUCGUGGUGGGUGCUCUGGUGCAUUCGGCCAUUUUCUGUGGGUUUGGUUUACCCUGGUGUAAACUAGGUAUUCACUGACAGUGAGAGAUGAAACGUGAAAUGUCCCUUGUUACUCACUGUACAGAUACUUUAACUUGACUUAAAAAGACUAGUAUGUCAGUGCUUUGGAGCCCAUUCUCCUAUUUUUCCUGAAAUCUGUAACUUGGUCUUUUCUUAGCGGUGGUGUGACUGUGGUUCCCUGUUUCACUGUCCGCUCCUUCCUCCCACAUCUGCUGCUGAGUCUGACUAGCUGCUGCGUGGCGUACUCCUGGUGGUGAUUCACAUUCUGAAAUCAUUAAGAAAACAGUUUUGGUGAGACUGUACCCAGUACUUUAUACCAUAUUCUCUAAAUGUGGUGCUUAAGCUAGGAAAUGGCAUUUUUUAAUUAGAGUUCUGUCUUAAAUGGGAAAUACCUGAUCACCUAAGUUUGUUAACUUUCUGUGAGAAAUAAAAGGCCUUGAACACCAGAAAUGUUAAUAUUUAGUUUAAUAUGCACAGUCAAUGUCCUCACAGGUGUGUCAUUGGAUGUUCAAACUCUUCAUUUUUUGACCAGUGGCUGAAAAUAAGGUAGUUUGUUGUUGUUUUGUUUUGUUUUGUUUUGGUCUCUUUGUUUAUGGAGAAGCAAAGAGCAGUUGACAUGAACUAACAUCCCCACCAAAAAAAAAAAAAAAAAAAUGAAGAAUGUGAUACUGUAGCAUUUAUUAACGUGGUGUGUUUCUUAGCUCUGCCCCUAUGGCCUUACCAUCUCAAAAUUGGACGGAAGUGACAUUCUCCUGUCACUGAGGAGACAUUUCUGAUUUAGUAUGUUGGAGUUGACAUGUACCAAUCAUUUAUUUGGGAAACUUCAUAACUGCCUGCCUUUUGUCAGCAGUAAUUGUGGCACCAGAAAUGUUUCCUUCAUUAGCCAAGGACGUGCACAUCUGGAAUCCCAGCACCCAAGGGGUUGAGGCAGAGGCAGAGGGUCACACGUCUGAAGCCAGCUUGGGCUACACAGUGAGUUUGAGACCAGCCUGAACUGCAAAAUGAGAGCUUGUCUCAGAGUUUGGUUGUCAUCUUGUUAGAGUGUUUGGGUGUACAUAGUAUAGUUAGGAGACUGGUCUAGGAGAAACAAUAGGAACAUGGGACUUAGUGGCACUGAGCAACAGUUCAUUGCAUUUUUUUGCAGAUGACUUGCUAUGUGGACUUCUUUGAUUGAAAAUCACAAUAUUUACCUCUAUUGAUUUGCUCCUGGUUUCCACAACUCUUCUAGAAUAUCUCUUAAUUUUCUCUAUUAGAAAGUAUUUUGUUGUUGUUGUUGUUAAAUAAGGCCCUGGAAGCAUUGAUCACAAGAAACAGAGAAAAUGUAUUAGGAACAGCUUUUAUUAGUGUGAUCUAAAAAGAAACAGAACAAUUCAUCAUUGAUAUUUUAAUAAAUAAAAAUUCCAAAAGAUCUUGUUAAACUCUGUUCUUUAGAAGUAGAAAAUAAGAAUACUCUCAAAGGAAGUUGUCAUGUCCUACCUUAUGUCUUUAAGUUGACAGUGCAUUACAAUAAACAUAUUUGAAUGCUGGAAAGUUGGCAUGCUUUAAUUGAUGUUAUGGCCUCUUUAUUUUAUUUUUACCCAUAAUAACAAAGCUAGAUCCAAAAUUGUGAAAAUUUCUCAUUAGCUUACCGUAAUGGACAAAGGUGUUUUUGUAUUUCCAUGACUAUAAUAAGUAAAGAUGUACUUUGAAAUACCCGAUAUAAACCUUUAAUGUUAUCAUUGAAAUGCAGCUAGAACACUGUUGGGAGGGACACCCUAUGAGUGUGCAGUCACACUUUGUAGACUUCAUUUGUUUCAUAACUUGCCUUUAUUUUUGGAAGCAGUUUUUAAGAUAUAAACACCAUUGGGUUCUGUAGUGAAGUGAUUAAGAAACUAGGCUUUGGGGCUGAAUCUCCUAGUCUUAGGCAUCUCUGGCCAUGGAUUUUAUUCUGUGCCUUGCCUUGGUCUUCUGAUACCAGGGCUCUUGUAUUAAAUAAGAAGGUAUGUGUAUUCAAAGUCAGAUAUGUGGUAUACAUAAAUGUUGCUAUAUUAAACAAAAACAUUUGUACCCAUUUAUAUGAUUUUUGUUAAUAUGUUUACCAUGAAGUGUGAUGAUAAAAAUCUGAGAUCUUAACUGGUGUAUUGAAAGAAGCCAUGGAAUAACGGAGCAUCGUGGGUUCUGAUUUCCAUUCUCACCAGUUAGCAAGAGUGCUAUUUGAGCAACUUUUCAUUGAGCAGCUUUUGAUUUCAUGCUGUCUUGGAACUAGGAACAUAGUAAUGAAAGACAGCUGGCCUCUAGGAGCCUAAUUUCAGUUACCAUUGCAUGCUAGAGAGUAAUAAGCUGUAGCAGGUAUGUUACUAUGUAAUAUGACUCAGAGACAUAGACUCAGAAGAAAUGGGAGCAUGAGUAGGUCUUUAAGAAUAGGUAGAUGAUUCAUAGCUCUGGAGAGUAUGGGUAAAGGGAUAUGGACAGUAGACAAAGUCAGCCUUCACUCUGUCUAGGAAGGCAAGCUAGCAACAGUAGAAAGGGAUAGAGAGCUCCUGGGACAACUCAUUGUCCUUUCUGUCUAUCUUGAAAGGUUGACUGCCUGGGAAAAUCUGAUUAUGCCAGGAAUGUCCUAAAGAACCAGAAAUAAGGACCUUCCAUUUGAAAAUGAAUUGAGGUGGGGGUCGGAUAGAGGGUUGAGAACAAAGGCAGACAUGAAUACAUGGCAGUUGCUUCAGGGUCAUAAUGCCUUAGGGCUGCAAAUAUCGGCAGCACUAACUGCUAGCUAGAGAGUGAGGAACACAGAGUUACUUAACACUCCAGCUUGGCUGAGUUGGACUUCUCUUGAAGCCCCAUUGCUUUAGCUUCUGUUGCUGUGGCCCUUGCUUAGUGAGUGCCAACCUGUACCUUGAAACACUUGAGAGUUUUGUCUUGGGUUCAUUUUCCAUGCCCCUUCCAUUGUGCCUGACUUCAAAUCUUGACAACAGAAAGUAAAGGGACUGCUUGGUUUGGGUUCUCGUCCACAUCCAUGUGAGCCUGUGGUCCUAGUGACAUUGCUCUUCAAAAAAGCUUAGGUUCUGCUCUGGAGAAGGACCAGAAGGCUACAGGUGCUGCUGCAUGAUCUUUGCUGUUGAGCAAAGGACAGAAAGGCUUUCUGGGAGGAGCAGCAACCUCAGGGUAGCUGUAUGGGUCAAGGAGACCUCCUGAUGACCUAGUCUAAUAGCACAUCCCUGGCAACACAACAGAUUGCUCCAGAAUGACCUGUGAAAACAGUAGAAACUUAACCCUGAGAUAUAUAUCCCAAGAUGGCAAAGGACCCUAGGUUUAUAUAUUUCACAUAAAAUGCUUUUUUUUUUAAAAAAAAAAAAUGUCUUCAGUACUUAAUAUAGAACUUAAAAUUUUGUCAGACUCCUAAUAAUAUUUUCUGUGAGCUCUUGAUUUCACUAUUUUGUGGGAUUCAGAUAGAAUAUAACCAAAAAAAUACCUUCCCAGUAAAAUAAAUUUGAGUUUUUAAUAUUUCUAAUUUAUUUGGUCCUUUAGGAGCCGAGUGACCAGGACAUUAACUGAACAGUAGCUGCAUAGUGUUGGCCUUAGUGUAAAACAACUUCAGGAAAAUAUCAAAGAACUGUGUAUCAUGAGCCUUUGGUAGCUCUGUAAUGCCUGAGAUGUUUAGUGUUAGGUCAGGUGUGGUGGCACACACCUUCAGUCUCAGCACUCAGGAGGCAGUUUCCUGCCUGGCCCACAGUCAGGACAAAUCUCUCUCACCUGCCAGUCCCACAGCCCCUCAGACCCGACCAAGUAAACACAGAGACUUAUAUUGCUUACAAACUGUAUGGCCGUGGCAGGCUUCUUGCUAACUGUUCUUACAGCUUAAAUUAAUCCAUUUCUAUAAAUCUAUACCUUGCCACGUGGCUCGUGGCUUACCGGCAUCUUCACAUGCUGUUUGUCAUCUUGGCGACUGGCAGUGUCUCUCUGACUCAGCCUUCCACUUCCCAGCUUUAUUCUCCUCCUAGUCCCACCUAUACUUCCUGCCUGGCCACUGGCCAAUCAGUGAUUUAUUUAUUGACCAAUCAGCAACAAAUUUGACAUACAGACCAUCCCACAGCAAGCCUGGUCUAUAUCGCCAGGUCCAGGCCAGCCAGGGAUACAUAGUGAAACUGUCUCAAAAAAAAAAAAAAAAAGAA